AGAUACGAACGGACAUUUCGUGUUACAUGCGCACCUGCUUGUUUGUCUUUCAUGUAAGCACCGUGUUCGAGAUGGGCGUGUGUGCGGCCAGCUGACGAGCCCUGCGGUAUACGAACACAGCGGGCUCGUAUAGAAAUCGCCACCAUUCGACUACACGUCAUGCUGCCCGAAGAAGCCCUGCGAGCUUCCGGUGAUUUUGGGCCAUUCCAGUACCUGCUGAUCAUCUACCUGUGUGUGCUGGUGGCACCUGUUCGUGUGAUGCCGCUGUUCGCGCACGUGUUCAGCCUUCUGGUGCCCCCGCACCACUGUAGACUGCCCGAACAACUCUACGGGCGGCUGCUUGGAAACGCGUCAUACGCUCGAGACCUGAUCUUGCGGGCGGCGCUACCUCGAGAGGACGAUGGAAGCUUCAGCCGAUGUCGCAUGUACCAUCCGAACGACACAAUAGCACGGUUGCUGCGGCGCUCAGAAAACAAUUACUGUAAUGGGACAACAGGCGACGACGCUGAUUCCCAGACGACGAACUGCAUCUACGGGUGGGAGUACGACUACUCCUUAAUUUACCCCACCGUCGUGUCAGAGAAGGGCGGAGGCUUCUAA